UUACGAAGGUUUCCAUGUGCUUACAUGAAUUAAACCGUGUUGGGGAGUAUGCCUCGACGGGCUUGAUCAACGCGUAUAUUCUCUGUCUCUUUAACUUUCGAAUUUCGAGCGGCUUACCAUUGCGCCUGCUCCUUCAAGUCGACAGUAGCCCCGACUGUUAACUACAGAGAGCAGAAAGUUCUGUGGACACCAAGCCGGAAAUCUUGACUUAUAGCGGAAAGACCAUCUGGGACACCAAGCCAUGUGUUGCCGCACAGGGUAUGCACUUGCACUUUAUCUAUCACCCCGCACUGCUGUACUCGUUCUAUUCGGAUUCACUGCCUCCGUAUUUAUUCCUUAAACUACGUUCAAUAUGGUAUAAAACACCUUCAAAAUCGACGGUAAAUAUCAGCGUUCAAUCUCUCUCUCUCUCUCUAACAAUGUUCUUCUUGCGACUCACCAUCUUCGCUUCGACUCUCGUCUCGCUCGUCACCGCGACCCCUGCCCCUCGGGCUGAAGCCAGUAGCAUUGAGGGGGUCCUCCAAGGCCUGAAAAGCACCACUGAUGCUAUCCUCCCUCAAAUCAAUGCUCUCGUGGCGAACAAGACUGCCACGGAAGCGUCGGUCUCUCCUCUUCUCAACCAGGUCGUCUCGGCCGUCAAUGCCGCCACUUUGUCUGUUACUUCCCUCCAAGUCGGCGGUGUCGUGGUCAAGAGGGACAGUAAUGGCGACGUCGCCGCGCUCGCUGCUAGUAUCAUGACGGAUAUCAAUACCACCACACAAGGUCUCACGACCUCAGGAUUAGGCCUGGGCAGUCUUGUAACGGUUAUUGGCGUGGCGUUGAGCCAGCUGCUCGUUACUCUGGAGGUUAUCGUUCCUGGGUUACUUGCACUCGUUGUGGCAUUGCUCGAUGGGGUUGUGGGGACGCUUGUUUCUCUGCUUUCGGGGCUGUUGGGGGUUAUUCUAGGAUAGGAUUUUCCAUUGUUGUUCUGCAAACACUCUCUAGUGUUUUUUGUUUUUCAGUCGCUACUU